UGAAGCGGCGGAGGUGUGUAGCGGAGCCGGGCCUGGGCAAACGCGGGCCGAAGCUCCUGGCUCAGCGGCGGCGGCUCCGGGGCGGGGGCGCCAGCGGCGAAGCCCCCUCCCCGGGGAGGCGGGCCCGGGCCGGCGCCUGGGAACCAUGCAUCAGAAGCUGCUGAAGAGUGCGCACUACAUCGAGCUGGGCAGCUACCAGUACUGGCCGGUCCUGGUGCCCCGCGGCAUCCGCCUCUACACCUAUGAACAGAUCCCGGUGUCCCUCAAAGACAACCCCUACAUCACCGACGGCUACCGGGCCUACCUUCCUUCCAGACUGUGUAUCAAAAGUUUGUUUAUCCUGUCUAAUGAGACGGUAAACAUCUGGAGUCAUUUGCUGGGUUUCUUUCUCUUCUUUACCCUGGGGAUAUAUGACAUGACAUCCGUGCUGCCUUCUGCCAGUGCAUCCAGAGAGGACUUUGUGAUUUGCUCCAUUUGUCUUUUCUGCUUCCAGGUCUGCAUGCUGUGCUCGGUGGGCUAUCAUCUUUUUUCCUGUCAUCGGUCAGAAAAAACUUGUCGGAGAUGGAUGGCAUUGGAUUAUGCAGGAAUUUCUAUUGGAAUACUGGGCUGCUAUGUCUCGGGAGUAUUUUAUGCAUUUUAUUGCAAUAAUUACUGGCGUCAAGUGUACCUGGUCACCGUGCUUGCCAUGAUCCUGGCAGUCUUCUUCGCACAGAUCCACCCCAGCUACCUCACACAGCAGUGGCAGAGGCUCCGCCCCAUCAUCUUCUGUUCUGUUUCGGGAUAUGGAGUGAUCCCUACUCUUCACUGGGUUUGGCUCAAUGGAGGAGUCAGUGCUCCUAUUGUACAGGACUUCGCACCCCGAGUCAUUGUGAUGUACGUGAUUGCUCUCCUUGCUUUCCUGUUCUACAUUUCCAAGGUCCCGGAACGGUACUUUCCAGGACAACUAAACUACCUCGGAUCAAGCCACCAGAUCUGGCAUGUCCUUGCAGUAGUGAUGCUGUAUUGGUGGCAUCAGUCCACAGUGUAUGUCAUGCAGUACAGACACAGCAAGCCUUGCCCUGACUACGUUUCCCACCUGUGACUCCAGGUAUGGCCCCUGGUGAAUCCAGUCAUUCAGCAAUAUACAGUGGGGAAGUUUAGACCCCAUUUUUUUCUAAUGUUCUUUUUUUUUUUUUUUAACUUUUUCUUAUUUGAUGAGUCACAGUGCUUUUUAAAAAUGGGAAAAUAUACUUGGAUCUAUAGUAUGAACUGUGCUUGACCCUUGCAACGAUGGUUCGCAGUGAAAUUUAAAUGCAUUGAGAACAUUUUGAGUAGCAGCAGUGGAUACGAAACGACUCUAAGUUUUGUGUAAGACCAACUUCAUUCAUUAGGAAGGGCUCCUGUCUGUGAGCAAGGGAGGCAUAUCCUGCGUGACGACUCUCAGAGGGGACAUUGUCACUAAAUGAUCACAUUUAAGUGCCUCUUCAGGGCCAGGGUUGCUACAUCCUGUGUUGCUCCAAGCUAAGCAGCGCAGCUGAAUCGUCACAGCCCCCCCUCCCCUGCCCGUGCAGUCUGUGAGAAACCGGCACCUGACUUACUGUCCUUAACCAGGUUCUCCUCUCAUUAGGGACAUUUAGAGUUUGGUUUUGUUUUUGCUGUGAUGAUUUUUAUUUGUUUGUUUUUAUGUUUGCUGGCAAAAACCUUAAUUCCGCCUUUAAAAAAGGUGGUGAGAAGAGAAACAAAUGAGCACUACUGUUUUUAAAAAAGGAAUCUUAGAUGGGAGACUAGGCCAUACCUGAGCAACACUAUCUGAUAGCCCGUUCCUCAGCCAGUUAACUAGUUCUGCUCCAGUUAUUUAAUUCCAUAUUAUAAUUGCAUUCUUGACACUGAAUUUUGAUCCCAGUUUUCCCAAAGAACUUUCAUCUCUAAUUCUGCAGUCCUAAGCCCCAUGGGUUCAGAACCGUAUGGGUGCUACUUUGAAGGCCAAGCGAUCUGGGUGGCCCUUUCUUGACCAUGAAGUGGACCGUCAGCCUUAGCAUGCAGACGGCUCAUCGGAUCACGGUGAGGUCAUUCACCUCUGCUCCAGUCCUGCUUACACUGUACCAACAUUUCACUGACAACUUCAAGUAUGUAUAAACACCGUGUACAGUUGAGAGCUGAAGCCUUAGUCUUGUGUAAACUCAGUAGGAGAUCUCACUGCCCUGUCAGAUAGUGUGACUCUUGUUCUCUCUAAAUGCGUAAGAUAAAUCACAGUAUUCAUGAAAACUUCUGUUGUCCACUCAAAACAGAGUAUCACCUCAGUUUCCUAAUAAGUUGACAAGCUGUUUUAAAUACUGUUGUAUUUUUUAAAAAAUGGAAUUAACUAGUGUAUCAUAAUUUUUUUCUUGUCAUUGAUGUUGAUUCCUAAAUGUACUUUGUAUAUGCAGUAUUAGGAAAGUAGACAUGCCUCUGCAGAGGGCUUCUUUCUAGUCUAGUGGUUUUGGAACUUACAUUUCCCAUGCUGGAAUGUUAGCAGGAAUUUUUCCCAGUGAGCUCUGUAAAGGACACCACAUCAUUGCCAUUGUUAUGAUGGAACACUGUUUUGCAAGUGGCUGUUGUACCUUAGGGUCACAAANUCAGCUCAUAUGCUCAAUUUUAGAUGACCUGGAUAUAACAAAAGUAGGAUAUAUUUUUUCAGAAAAUAUCCUUGAUUGGNCAGUGAAUACACAUUUUGUCAUUUUGGCCAGAAGAAAUAUACUAAAUAGUUAUUAAGUAAAAACUGAGAGUAAAAUCCGUUAAUUUUAGAUGUGGAACCAUUUUUAUUAUGAAUUCUUCUAAAAAAAUUGAGCCCUUUAAGUUUACUUUUUUUUUUUUUUCUUUUUCAGACAGGGUCCCACUCUGUAGCCCUG